AUGGCUGGGACUUCCACGACGCCCCCAUCGGGCUGGCGAAACCCGAAGGCGUGCCAGGAAUGCCGCAAGCGAAAAAUCCGUUGCAACGGCCUUAGUCCCUGCAAGACUUGUCAUCUGCGUAGCACUCCGUGUGUCUAUCGCGAUUUCAUUCGGCAACGCAGGAAGUGGAACGAUGACAAGGCAUCCCAGCAGCAUGUUGGGUCCAGUGAAAGAGAGCCUCGUUCACGCCUUUCCUCGCCCAGCUUGCCCCAGCCUGGGCGAAAACCGUCCCUCAUGCAUGAUUUCCCAACCAGUGUGUCAGCAACACACAUGGCAUCGCCUUCGUGCCAGAUACAGCUGUACUAUGGCCCAACAUCGCCAUUUUCCUUGAUGCAGCAUAUUUAUCAAGAACUAGUCUCUAAUCAUCCGACCCAGCCUCAAGUUUCCUCCGGCCAGGUCGAGGAAGCCGGGGCCGGCCUAGACCUCUUCAGUUUCCGUCGUAUAUUCUUCGGCACCCUAGAUACUCAUGAGGCGGGGAAGGGACCCAAUACUAGGGAGGUUUCCUUGACCUUUCUCCCAUAUGAGCUAGCCACGUUAUUUCUCUCCCGUUAUUUGUCAACUCUCUACCACCUCAUGCCAUAUCGUCCUAAGAAUAACUUCGAGCGUACCUUGGAUCAACUCUACAGCCUUUCCCCUUCCAUUCAUCCCGACACACUCACUAAGGCUAUUCUCUUGCUAGCCCUAGCAUGUGGGUCUCUUGGCACAGAGUACUAUGCUUGGGGUGACGUACUCUUUGAACGAGUAAAGACUACAGUGGCCGCCUUUGAUGAUGUGGUCAACCAUCAGAUGGUCCAAAUAUCAUUGCUUAUGAUAAGAACGUGGGCCUCCUCCACUGACUUAAUUCAAUACGCCCAUUUUCAGAACGAACAAGGCCGCCCAAACUCAACCUUUUUGCAUCUCGGGUGUGCUACUCGGAAGGCCCUAUCAGCUGGUCUGCAUAAGGAUGCACCCAAUGAUGACUCCCAGAGCCAGGAAAACGUAGACGAAAGACGAACAACCUUGUGGUCUCUCUACUUCUUUGAGACAUGGAUUUGUUUUCAGCUAGGCCGACCCACGUCUAUGUCUCUGAAAGACAUUGCGACGGAGUAUACGCCAGACCCUUUUAUUCGGCUUUUAGUACAUCUUUCUGAAACGAUUUCUAAGUCGGCCGACCAAAUCUAUGGACAGCGGCACGAAUCUCUGCUAUACAUGUGGAAGGUUGCUCUAUCGAUUGCGGAAGACCUGCGUAGCCAUGAGAGACGGCUAGAGCAAACUCUAGGGUUUGGAUUAGGCGCAGCUAUACAAACGGGAUCUCUUGGAGUUCAGCAAACGAUUUUCACUACUUGUGAGUCUAUUCUAGAUCUGCUUUAG